UAUUUUCAAACGGUAACUCGAGUAAAGCGAGCUUCUGUUUUAGAACAGUUUGAAAUCAAAGGCAAAGGAGAAAACAAAACCUUUCAUUCUCGAAGCACCGCAAUUCCACGCCGAAUUAGGCGGAUUUUGCAAAUCGCGUCGUUCGAGUAGCGAGUCGCAGGAUCGCGCGCAUACGAUCGAUCGUCCGUGCGAUUCGACCUCUCGAACCGCCCUCGGCGGCACCGUUAGGCGCAACGACUGCGAUCUCGUCGCUUUUAUUUACCACGCUAGCCUGCCCGUUGGGAGCGGGGAUACGCUCUCUCGCCCGUGUGUAAACAUGGCUGUCGCGCUUCGCGAUGGUUAACCGCGUCGUUUCUCGUAGGCCGGGGCGUCGCGGGUGAUCGCGGAGCGACAUGGACGAGGAGCGUCGGUCUCGGACACCCAGGUAACCGCCAUCGAGCCGCCGAAUUCACGCUCGCCCUCCGCCGUCGAGCGGAUCCCGCUCGCGACAGCGGCGCGUCCGCGUACGCGCUUCCCCUCGUUAUCGCAACCCGUUUCACUCGCGCUUCCCUUUGUGUCGCGAGCCGUUUUCGGGUUAUUUUUCGCCCCCCGUUGAACGCGAAGGUGAGUGAACCGCCGCCCGUGCGUCACGUACGAUCGUUGAUUAGGCAGCGCGUCCGUUCGCGUCACGCGUACUCGCGUUGCCACUCGCUCGCAAUCCCCGCUUUCCUCCCCCCUCCCCGCCACUUUGGUGUGUCGUGCGCGUCCGUGCACAAGGAGGGCCAAGUGUCCAGACGCAGCGUUGAUCCCGCGAUUGUCAAAAUUCUCGCCAACUCGUUUUCUGCCUCGCUCCUGCCCCCGGAUGGCGAUGCCGCUCGGAGCAGUCGUGGAAAUUUGUUGUCAUGUGCUGCAUGGUCAAUAUGUCCGUCCCCAUUCUGUUGCCGAGUGUGAUUUUAGGAUAAAAAUAAAGAUGUGUGUGUCUGUGUGUGUAUGUGUAAAUAACGUUAAUGAUGCAUAAAGAGAGUUUGUCAUGUGUAAGAAUUGAUAAAUACAAAUGCUUGUUAUAUAUUGCAAACAGGCAGAGAUACAUGGAUAAUUGUGUAAAUAAGAUGUUUUCUAUUUAUCAAGAGUAAUUUACAUGUAAUUGUGUAAAUAAGAUGUUUUCUAUUUAUCAAGAGUAAUUUACAUGUAAUUGUGUAACUAAGAUGAUUUGUAUGUAUCAAGAGAAAUUACACAUAAAUAGAGAGAUUGUUAUUCAUUGCCAUUAUCAUCGUUAGUCAUCUUGCUCACGUGUCCUUGUGUCAGAUUUUAAAUUCAAAUUACUUGAAUUUCUAUAGCUAUGCAAGAAGCAUUUUGUUUUAACAUGAUUUGGACUACUGCUAAAUUUGUCGCUAAUGUAUAUUAUAUAUAUAUAUAUAUGUGUGUGUAUGUGUGUGUGUGUGUGUGUGAUUUAUUUCAGGGUGUCGUCUGGGUGAGAGAGAAAGAGAGCAAUGAAUGUACUUCGCAUUUUGACACCGUGUGUGUUACAACGCCGACGCAUAAGAAGUGUAGACACUGCUGAUACAAGGGAUUCCUGGUUCAUGAGAAGACAGCUUGGAGAUGCCUCUCACAUAACACAUAGAAUGGGUGCUUCUGCAUCAUCAAGCAUCACCAACGUGGGUGGAGAUUCGGUCCAAGCAGCCAGGCUUUCAGCAUCAAGUAGUCCAGAACAACAUGGCAUUGCAGUUAGAGAGAAGAAGAAAAAGAUGACAGGAUUCGCAACGUUACGCAAGAAAUUUAUCAGGAGACGUCGCUCCUCCAAGGCGUGCGAUCACGGUAGAAUCAUUAGGGAUCUGGUAUCCACAUGGAGCCACCUGGAAGCAACGGCCCUGCUGGAGGAGUACGAGGCGUUAGCCGCGCUGAAAGACCUCCACGUUCAGGCCGAAUUGGCGAGGCCGCCAGCCGCCACGUUCAAGCAGGACCUGUCGAUGUUGUACGACUACAAACACUGCUCCGAUGUCGAUCUUGUAUAUAGGGGGGCGUGUUUCCCCGUUCAUCGAGCUGUGCUUUCCGCCAGAUGCCCGUACUUCAGGGAUCUACUGGCCGGCUGUCCUGGAUACGGUGCUAGAAUAUGUUUGGAGCUGAGGACGCCGCAUCUCGAGGUACAGAUGUUCUCGGCACUGCUGCGGUACCUGUACACCGGCGACAUUUGCCCGCACGAUGCCACGCUGGAGGCGAACCUGCUGCGACGGCUCGGCGAGGAGUUCGGGAUGCCAAAUCCGCUGGAGCACGAUCUCAGAUACUUACUGGACACCGGCGAUUACGCGGACGCCGCGCUCGUAUUCACCUCGGACAGCGACUACCAGAGGCCGGACAGCGGGAGUUCGGAGUACGGAUUUCGCCCGAAGUUAGAGCUGCCAUGUCACAAAGCGAUACUCUCCGCGAGGUCCCCCUUCUUCAGAAAUCUCAUACAGAGGCGGACCAGGUCCGGCGAGGAUCACACGGAAAGGGCGCUUCACAUACCUACUAGGAUAGUACUGGACGAAAGUGUAAUCCCCAAACGAUAUGCCAGAGUGUUGUUGCACGCUGUCUACCUAGACACGGUUGAUUUAUCAUUAAUCUUGCGGGGAAGCGGUUGUGGGAACAGCGCCGGCAGCCUUGGCGAGGUUCAAGCUCUGACGCAUACAGGUCGAAUGCGGCCGAGCCCUUUGGAGGAAGCGAUGGAACUGUACCAGAUCGGCCGGUUUCUCGAGCUCGACAUACUGUCGCAGGGCUGCGAGGAUCUUAUCCUCGAGUACCUCACGUUGGAGUCGUUGCCGACUGUUCUCAAAUGGGGCAGUCAACCUCACGGAUCGGCGUGGGUGCACAGACAAGCGUUGCAUUACCUGAGGGAGGAGUUUCAGCCGAUCGCGUCGUCGUCGAUCCUGCAUCAGCUGGAUCACGCCCAUCUGGGAAACGUGUUGCAAAGCCAUUUUUUGCAAGCGAGCGAACUUGAAGUGCUGCAGGCGGUGCUCAAGUGGGGCGAACACGAGUUGGUGCGUCGGAUGGAGGACCGGGAGCCCAACCUGCUCAGCCACACCGUACACUCCGUGACGAGGAAGGGCAUCAAGAAACGUGAUCUCAGCGACAUCGAAUUGCGAGAGAUACUGAGCGAGCUGUUACCGCUCGUCCGAAUAGAUCACAUACUGCCGCCGAAUAGCGAGGCGUUGACCCAGGCCAUCAGGAGAGGACUGGUCUCUACGCCGCCGAGUCACAUGAUAGGAGACGAGAGGGAUAAUUUGCGGGUGAACGCCUGGAUAAGAGGCGGCAAGAAGAAUGGCUUUUUUGUCAGGCCAAGGUUAUUCAUGCCGUAUUACGAGGAGAUUAAGUCCUUGGUGGAAGAGCAGAUGGUCCCGGAAGCCGAUUUGGUGAGACUGCGAAGGCCGCGAUACGUAGCUGACAUACCGGAUGCGUUGUACAUGGUCGAGGAGAAACCGAGAGUCAUGGGCACCGCCGGCGUCGACGUUCUUGCCGCGGUGUUUCCAGUACCAGAUUCCGCGACGAUGGCCGCGAUGCUGAAACGAGAGCAGAAAUUGAGGCAGUCACCCAGUUGCCAACGGGCCAUAAGUCUGCCACUUUCCUCGCGACACGAAAUCAAUCGGCAAGUGCGACUACGCGUCGUCAGGGAGUUCAACUUGCCCGAUACCGUAGCUGAUCUUCUGGAGAACACAGCGUCUUACAGUAUGAAAGAGCAAAACGAGCAGAGGAUGACAGAUAUAGAGGACAUUGACUCGCCGGGCAUGGGUAUUCGUGUGAGAACUACCGCCCCGGUGUGUUACGGGAGGAACAUGACAUUUCCUCGGCCGACUUCGUCUUACGCACAUAGACACGAACUUCCAGCUAUAGUGACCGAGGGAGAGAGCUGCAGACUUCUUGCCGAGCAACAAGAUGGCAAUUCCUGCAGCGACGGACAAUUGUCGGGCGUAAUGCCGGACGUAGCGAUGGCGACGGCCUCCUUCGGCGCUUUGCAUUUAAUCGAGGAACAGGAACUGGAAUUGGAUCUCGGUGACGGGGCGUCGCACCUACUGCCGCAUGUCUCCCCGUCGAGCGGCGGUACCAUCGAGGCGGCCCACCGCUCGUCGCUUUCCCAUCAGCAUCAGAGGCACUUUUCCGGCCCGCCGCCACCACCGUACGUGUAUCAUCGUGCUGGCACUGCCUUACCGAGAUUUAUUUGAAAUUUAUACAUGAUAUGCGGAAGCGAACAUUACGGCAACUACUGAGUCCCCUUCGUCCCUCUCUUCCGCCCCUUUUCACCCCCUACGGCCCCCUUUAUUCCUCUCUUUGUCUCUCUUCCUCCCUUCCGCCCGUUAUUAUUGCAUAGUAUGGCUACGUAGUGUGUAUCGAUCAAACCUUGUUAUUGCGGGUACAAAUUUAUUACAAGGAUAAUUGUAUGUACAUUUUAUUUAAAGCAGGCUUAUAGGCGAAACGUAGGAGGUGCUCGGUUUACGAGAGCAUCCGUAAUCUUACCGGAUCUAGUAGUUUGGCAAGGCACAGUGUGAGAUACAAAGUGGAGUGAGUUCAGCUUAUUCAGUACGGCGAGACUUCGUGAAUCUUGUGUAUAUGAAGGUUCUGCCGUACUAUCAUAUAUAUACAUAUAUAUACAUAAAAAUGCAAUAUAUAUAUACAUAUAUAUAUAUAUAUAUAUAAACUAAGUGCAAUCGUGCAAAAACAAAAAUGCGAUUGUGAUUUAUACAUAUAAAUAUGUAAUCGUGAUAUGUGUAUAUGGGUGUACUUAUGUGUGUGCGUGUAUGCGCGUAUGCGUGUGUAUAUGGAACAUAUGUGUAUUCGCGGUUCCGGUUUCCGAAGUGUCAAGACUGUUAGCCAGGAAGUUCUCUUUUUUUCCAGAAGGAGCAAAGGAAACGAUGUACGAUAUAUUGAAUAAGUCGCGUCUUAUCGCAACACCAUCUUUACUUGCGCGUAAUUGCAAGUGACGGGAAAGUGAAGGUACCAUGUGUUCCCCGUAUGCUUGCUUCCUCGCGCGGAGAAAGCACGGAGAAUCGGCGGCGGCAGCUCACGCGAAUGGAGCUGCGAACCGCUUGAUGACAUUUCGCCAUGCUAAACUUUUUAAUUUUUCCUCUCUUCUAGGGCAGUUUCGAUGUAUGACGGGCUAUAGUAAGACUGUAAGUAUACAAGAGGAAUCCAAUCGAUAAAACAUAUAUCGUGCGCGCUUAGAGAUGACGUCCGGGGCGCCUUGGGUCGUAAAAAGCGUGCGUGACGCUCACAAUAUUUAAUGGGUUAAUUAAUUAUCGCUAAGUGCCCGCGGGUGCAUGAGAAUGUUCUAAGAAAAAAUUUUCCAUGAAUUUAAAUGUAUCCCACUAGCUUUGCUGCCGCGACUCUUAAUUAUAAUAUAUUCGAACAAACGAGUUACGUAUUACGUACGGGGUUCCAAAGCAGCGUUCCACAAAAGCAUGCUUGGCUGAAUUAUUGGUGAAAAACGGAUUUAAUUUUCAGAUUUCAGAUUCCGAAUUACUCGCGAUCGAGAAUUCUUGAUUAAUUCUAAAUAAUUUUAAACAAUGCAAAGAAAGGUAGCAAGUCUUUCACUCAGUAGUAAUGUUUGAAAUUUAACUUAACCAAUUUCCGGUUUAGAGAGGACAGACAUUAUAGUUAUCAGAAUGAAUAAUAAUUGAAGAUUAAAAGAGUGGCAUUUAACUUUAAUUUUCACUGAAAGAAAAAUCGCUGAAACGAUGCUACAGCUUUGUCAAUGAAGAAUUCGUAACUGAGACAAACUUUGUUUCUGGGUCACCGUUUCGUUCCACGGAAGCGUAGAAUGUCAGAUUCUAUUCCAAUUCUGUGGUAAUAGUAUGUACAAGCAGUAAACUGUAAAAGUAAACUGCGGGAAACAUGUCACUUUCACUCUCGUCGAAGCGGCAACGAUCAGGCGGGAAUUAAUCAUGUUAAACGUACUGGCGUAAGAUUAAUACCGGCGAUAUAGCAAAUAUUCUUUAUUUAAUGUAGCUCCUUUGUGUCGACAUGAGAUGUAAUUAUUAUUAAGAUACUCGAUAUAGAGCUCGUUUAUAAAUAAUCAAGGGAUUCCUUUACCGUCCUUACGUUUUAGAUAUCGUACUUGAAAUUCAUCAUUUCCUACAUAUAUGGGCACAAGCUACCCGUGAAAAACUGAUUAAUUGUUUAGUUAGUUCAGUUAAAUUUAAUUGCGUUAUACAUGCAUUUUGUUAUGUUCUUUAGCAAGGCGCAUUUUGUCCUAGUUACAUGAAUGGAAUUCGGCGUUGUCGGCGCUGUUACUGUCGCAGCUGACAUAAAUUGUGAUAUUAUACGAGAAAGUUAUUGGUUUGAUCAUUGUGGUCUAUAUAAUAAAAUUUCUCUCUUGCAGACCUGGAUUAUUAGGAGAGGAUAUAUUAUUAUCGUGUAUAAAAUAUAUUGUUUUAUAUAUAUAACUGUGCGCGAUUCAUAAGCUCUAAAUACCGAUCGUCCGCUUUAUAAAGUGUGUCACUCGCGUUUACUAUUAUGCGGUUCGUGAAAUUGUCAGAUCUGUCAUUGAACGAAGAGAUAUCGAAGGAGAUCGUGAGUCUAUGUCAAGUGGCGUAAUAUCAACAGCGAUGGCAGUUCGUGAAUCCGCGAUCGAUCGGCGAAGUUAUUUAAAGCAAUUAGACCAACUCUUAAGACCAGAAUAAAGGGAUAGUGUUAUCAUAUAGAUAGAUUAAUACUGUAUAGACUGAGGUAUAUCGCGAGAGUAGUAUUUUGACAUUCGUGUAGUCUUUGCGUCGCAAAAAAGGAAAAAAGAAAAAAAUAACGAUAAGAGAAAAGAUAAUUAAGAUACUUCCACUCGCGGACGUUCGCGAUUUUUCUUCGUGUACACCCUUCUUUCCUCGAAAUUGUUGAUUUGUGUGUCAGGAGGUGUCGAUACGUUCGCUGAAAAAUAAAAUCCUUGGACAGUUUAUCUUUUUUAUGACUCACGAUAGGUGGCUCGCCAGAUAUAUUUAAAAAAAUAAAGUUUAAUAAAUAUUUCCGAAUGGA